AUGACCGACUAUCCAGAUUCGCUCUCUCAGGGCGAAGACGCGGAUCAAUCAAGAGUGGUACAGCGGCGGAGACGACCCCCGCUCUCUUGUACAGAAUGCCGACGACGCAAAUUGAAGUGUGAUCGAUCGCUGCCCUGCGGACAAUGUGUGCGUUCAAAAACUGCAGACUCGUGUGUCUUUGUUGGUCCUCAACCAGGACCGACUCCAGAAUCAACUUCACGGCGCAUGUCACCACCAGUAUCACGGAUGCGUAUUCCUAAUAGUUCUGAAGACCCAGCCACGAGCACGGGCAGCAUGUUUGUCUUUGAUUCUAAAAUGGGCCCCCGAUCCGAUUCAAAUCGGGUGUCGAAACGCAGUCGCCCGGACGAACUGCAUGAACUUCGACACCGGCUGCGUGUAUUGGAACAUGCGCUAAACAAGCCCAAUAGCAAUGUCCUCCAAACGCCCGAAACUUCCAUCGGUGAUGUUUUUUCGGAUGCGGAAACUUCUGCUAUGGAUGCUGCAGGAGUAGAUGAUCGUGUCCGAUUUCUCCCGGAUUGCAGCUUCCGGGGGAAGAAAGGAAAGACAAGGUACUUCGGUCGCAGUCAUUAUACCACCACUGUGUCAUUUUUUCAAGAUAUUGGAUCCUUCCUUCGGCGGGGUCAUCAUGCUGUCAAGGAUAAAGAGUACUCCGAUAUGAAACGCUUCAAGAGCGAGCUUUGGUCCCGUGAGAGCCAGGACCAUCAACGAGCAUUUCGAGACCAGGCCUUCCGACUUGAAGAAAUGGUCCCAUCGCGCAAAGUAGCGGAUCAAUUGGUUCAGUUAUAUCUCGAUACAUUCGAGACUACCUACCGAGUCCUGCACAUCCCGACCUUUUUGGAGCAGUACACGGCAUACUGGAACCGGCAACAGGAACCAGAUCUGGGAUUUGUAGCUCAACUCUUGGCCGUUCUCGCAGCCGGAAGUUGUUUUUAUCUGCCAAACCCUAACGCCGAAGGAGAUCAGCGCGAUGUGUAUCAAAAGCCCGCAAUGAAAUGGAUCAUGGCGGUGCAGUCGUACAUCUCAUGUACCUUUGUGAGUCCGCAACUCAAUCUCAGCAUGAUUCAGACGCAAACCCUUCUUUUGAUCGCUCGUCUCGGGAUCGCCAAUGAUGGAGACGUGGCAUGGGCCUCCGCAGGAUCGCUGAUUCGAUCUGCCAUGACGAUGGGACUGCACCGGGACCCGACUCGAUUUCGGAAGAAGGCCCGGCCAUUUUGGUGUGAGCAGCGCCGCCGGCUUUGGACCACGAUUGUGGAAUUGGAUCUCAAGAUUUCUUUGGAUCGGGGUGUCCCGCCUUCUGUGGAUCUAGACGAAUCUGAUUGCGAUGCACCCUGCAACUGGGACGACAAUGAUUUAUCUGAACGGAUGGAGACCAAUCCCGCACCUCUUAGUACAGCGACAUAUACCCGGAGCUUUUACCAGGUCCUGCUUUCUAAGACGUUGCCUCUGCGCUACCGCAUCGCGAAGAAGAUCAACACCCUGCGAUUCGAUCUAUCAUACGACGAAGCGUUGCGGAUAGGCGAAGAGCUCCUCCGAGCCGUGCAACACUCGCAGUCCUUGUUUGAGGAUAACGCGCUCGGGGUGAACCCAGUGGACGUUGCCAAGCAUAGAUUCGCUCAGUCCUUACACCUCUUCGUCAUGCGCAAGUUCCUCCUCGCGCUCCACCGACCUUUCUCGCUCAGCGUGGUCCGAUUGCCCAAAUGUUCGUAUUCGCGAAAAGUGUGCUUAGAGGCCUCGCUCGAGAUUCUCUCGCAGAUGGAACUCCCGAACCCAGCGGACUCCGUUCUAUACCCCCAUAUCACACAGCUUGGCAGCGGUAUGUUCCGGGACGAGACGUUUCACGCCGCCAUCACAGUUUGCGUGGAGCUAUCCCUGCAAGCCCACGAGAUGGGCAAUUCGACCGGUCCAGCAAUGGACGGAAUGAACUCGAGCGUGCUCAUGAGUAUGGUACAGUCACAACAGAACGUUAUGCUGCAAGCAGUUGAACGAACCUUGGAUGAUUUCGGCCGCCGCAUCGGCCCUGGUGGUAAUGGAUGCAAGCCAUACUUCUUCUUGACCAUCAUCUUGGCUUCUGUCCAGUCACGAAUCAAGGGCGAGGACCCUAUGGUGAAUGUGGAAGCUUGCUCUAAGAAGUCCGUUCGCGUUUGCCGUGGUGUGUUGAAUGGGCUGGCCUAUUCUGAUGCUUUGGCUAGUGCCCAGCGUCCACCUGAAUCGGUAUGCUUUGCUGAUUUCGGUCUGCGUUUUGCGCCUACUAACAUUUUCUUUCAGAAUGAUCUGAGUCCGGCUGCUAUGGGAGGCCCUACGCCGAUGUCUGGGUCCUCGAUGGAAUUUGAUCCUAUUUCUCUUCUUUCUACCGAUUUCGGUGACUUUGCGCCUAUGGAUCUAGGAGCUUGGGUUGAGGGACUUGACCCUGGUGGUCCGGAAUUAUGGGAUAAUGAUUUCUUUGGUAGUUUACCGGCGAUUUAA